AGCUCACACUCGUCUGCAGUGCUCCGUUAUCUGCCAGGCGAACGGUAGCGCACGCUUCAGGGCCAAGUCUUCCUACAGUUGUCAACAACUUCAACACGACGUGUGAAUCAUGCCUCUAAUUUUGUAUCACUGGCUUCCCAGCCCACCAUCGAGGGCAGUUUUGACUACUGCUAAGGCCAUUGGGGUCUCUGUCACUGUGAAAAUCAUCGAUCUUUUUAAGAAGCAACACUUAACAGACGAGUAUCUUAAGAUAAAUCCCGAACACACAGUGCCAUCCUUGGACGACAAUGGUUUUAUUCUUCACGACAGCCACGCAAUCGCCACUUACCUUGUAUCGAAGUACGGCAAAGAUGACUCCCUCUAUCCGAAGGAUGUGAAGCAGAGGGCGCUGGUCGACCAGAGGCUAUUUUUCCAUGGGACGAAACUCUUCCCUCGUCUAAGGGCUACGGCAUUUCCUGUUUUCUUCCUGGGGAAAAGAAAUGUGGAUGCGGACGCUAGAGACGCCAUAUAUGAUGCUCUUGGAAACCUGGAGAAGUACCUGGAGCCAACUGGAUGGGUAGCUGGACACCACGCGACUGUGGCAGACAUCUCCUGUGGGGUUACAGCCAGCACUCUGCAGGCGAUGGGAGUGGACUUUAGUGCUUAUCCGAAAAUUCGGGACUGGUUGAAAAACUGUAGAAGCACUUUUAGCGGCUACGAGGAAGCGAAUCAAGAGGGCGAGAAAAUGUUUGGAGAUGGCAUCAAAAGCCUUGUGGGACCCAAGGCGUACUUAAGAUAGGUGUGAAAGAUUGUAACACAUCUGAUUUUUAAUUAAAAGAACUUGAUGAAUU